AUGAGGCCUAUCUUGCUUUCUGGCCAUGAACGGUCCCUCAACCAAAUCAAAUUCAACCGCGAUGGCGAUCUUCUGUUCUCCGUAGCGAAGGAUAAAAUUGUGUGUGCGUGGUGGUCGGCUAACGGCGAGAGACUGGGAACCUACAGUGGACAUCAGGGUGCCAUCUGGACGGUGGACGUAAGCCCCAACACUAUCCUCUUGGCGACGGGUUCGGCAGACAACACAGUGCGACUAUGGAACGUGAAGACCGGCGAGUGUGUUAAGGUGUGGGAUUUCCCUACGGCCGUGAAGCGGGUCGAGUUCACACCCGACGGAUCCCAGCUGCUGGCUGUGACGGAGAAGCGCAUGGGCUUUCUGGGCACUAUCGCGGUGCUGGAUGUCAGCUAUGGAGAUGGUCAGGGUGGCAACCUGGAGGUUCAGUCUGAUGAGCCUAGCCUGAGGAUUACCUGCGCUGAGAGCAAAGCGACUGUUGCGGGCUGGAGUUAUCUCGGCAAGUACAUCAUUGCUGGUCAUGAGGAUGGCAGCGUCAGCCAAUACGAUGCAAAGACCGGUGAGCAGCUGGAGAAUGUCCAAGCUCAUGAAUUCGACCACCAGAUCAACGACAUCCAAUUCUCUGAAGACCGCACCUACUUCAUCACAGCCUCGAAAGAUAAAUCUGCCAAACUCAUCUCCUGCCGUAACCUCGCCAUCCUCAAAACCUACGUUGCCGACACGCCCCUGAACACCGCCUGUAUCACCGCUAAGAAGGAGUACGUGAUUCUGGGAGGUGGACAGGCUGCCAUGGAUGUUACGACCACCUCCGCCCGCCAAGGUAAAUUCGAGGCUCGUUUCUAUCACAAGGUCUUUGAGGACGAAAUCGGCCGUGUCCGUGGUCACUUCGGCCCCCUCAACACUGUCUCUGCCCACCCCACCGGUACUGCCUAUGCCUCCGGAGGAGAGGACGGUUACGUCCGUGUGCACCAUUUCGACAAGCCUUACUUUGAUUUCAUGUACGAAGUCGAGAGGGAGCAGCUGAGACGGUGA